AGGCGUAUCCCGAUAUUCCCCUGGAGGGCGGUCCGUUUGCGGAGCCCUCCUGGGCGCGGGGCACACCGGGAGUUGUAGUCCUAGCCGAGUGCCCGGAAGUGGAGGCGUGAGAGGCCAGGCUGAGCCGGCUGCGGGUAGCGGGACUCCAGGCGCUGGGGCGCCGCUCGCGAGUGGGUCAUGAACGGGCCGGCGGAUGGCGAAGUGGACUACAAAAAGAAAUACCGGAAUCUGAAGCGGAAGCUCAAGUUCCUCAUCUACGAACACGAGUGCUUCCAGGAGGAGCUGAGAAAGGCACAGAGGAAAUUGCUCAAGGUGUCCCGGGACAAGAGCUUCCUGCUCGAUCGACUGCUGCAGUACGAGAACGUGGACGAGGACUCUUCUGACUCGGAUGCCACGGCUUCUUCCGAUAACAGCGAGACAGAGGGGACGCCCAAGCUGUCAGACACACCAGCCCCCAAGAGGAAGAGAAGCCCUCCGCUGGGCGGGGCCCCCUCCCCUUCCAGCCUCUCCCUGCCUCCUGCAACAGGGUUUCCCCUUCAGGCCUCCGGGGCCCCCUCCCCCUACCUGAGCACGCUGGCUUCCCCGCCCUACCCCCCACUCCCUUCUGACUACCUGGCCCUGCAGCUGCCUGAGCCCAGCCCCCUGAGGCCCAAGCGGGAGAAACGGCCCCGCCUGCCCCGGAAACUCAAGAUGGCGGUGGGCCCCCCAGACUGCUCCGUGGGCGGGCCGCUGGCCUUCCCUGGUCGGGGGGCCGGGGCCGGGGUCGGCGCAGCGCUGACCCCUCUGCCUCCCCCCAAGCUGCCCCCCCACACGAUCCUGAGCACCGUCCCCCGGCAGAUGUUCAGCGACGCGGGCAGCGGGGACGACGCCCUGGACGGGGACGACGACCUGGUGAUCGACAUCCCGGAGUGAGGCGCCCGCCCCCGCGCCAGCACGCGAGCCCCGCUUCCUCAGAGACGUUUAUUGCCGCCCAGUUGCCAUGCGUUGGCCACCACACAACCAGAAGAGGCGUAAACAUGCACGCACGCCCCCGCCCCCGGAAGGCGGCAGGGCCCCGCCCUCACACCCAGCCCCUCGGGGACAGCGAGCGAGCGAGCGGGUGGGGGCCACCCCUUCACGAGGGCAGCUGUCCAGGGCUACGGGUGUGCUCUGGUUUUGUUUUUUAAAGGAAGGUUCUGUAUAAAGGAGUAGCUCUUU